GCGAGCGCGUUUCGUGGUCCGUGCCUGCUACGCGCCCGCCUACGUGCUACGAGGCCGCGGCGUUGUUUGCUACGCUUGCCGGUACGCGGACACGUAUCGGCGUUUCAUUUAUUGACGCGAGUGUCGUAUUGUGUUGCGUGGUUUGGGAAUUUUCGCGUUCGGUCCAUAAUUAGUGACGAAUAAUCCAGUAGAAAUGGUGCGCGGUAGACCGAGAGGCAGCUCGUACAGGGGCAAUCCCUGGGGUGGCAGCCGGGGCGGGCCCGGUAGUUACGGGAGUAGCUCUUCCGGAAGGUUUUCGUCGUUCGAACGAUCGUCGGACCGCUAUCCGAGGGAGGACUACCACAAGCCGUACAGGCCUUCCAAUUAUGACGAUUCGUAUUCGUCGAGGGACAACUACAACCGCUCGCCGGAGAGGAAGAGGCCGAGGAACGAGGCCGGCGGAUCACGUUCGCACGACUCGUUCUCGUACUCGUCUUCGGGGGGCCGGUACUCUGAUUCACACGGCCCCACGUCGUACACGGAACGGAGAUCGUAUUCGGGGGACAGGCCCACGUCUACCCCGUACCAGUCGCGUAGGGACGACUUUAGGAAACCGAGCGGCCCGAUCAGGGGCUCGUUUCGGGGCCGCAUAAGCACGAGGCGCGGCUCGAGGGGGAUGGGUAUGCGGGAGCGCGGCGUCGGAGGCAUCCGCAGGCGUCUCGCCGAGACCUCGUACGCGGUGAGGAAGCGCCCGAGAGGCUACCGUGGCAUCAAGGUGUCCCGUAUCAGGAGCGGCAUCUUGAGGCACCGUCACAUCGACGACAGGGACGGAGGCUCUAGCGACGAUGACGAUGACGACGACGAAGACGUGGAGAAAACCAAGAGCGGCGAUGACGCUGGCGACGAGGACGGGGAUGGCAAGAAAGAGACCGAGGAACGCGACGACCGCGAGAAGGACGCGGGCGAAACGGAGAAGUCGUCGAAGAUGGAGGUGGACGACGACGACGACGACCAACAGCCUCAAAAGUCGACGUAUAUCCGGCUCGUGUGUCCCCGGUGCAACAUCAAAAUCCCCACAUUCAGACGUUACGAGAUGCACCUACAGGGCAAGGCGCACGUGUUCGCGAUGCGUCGCGUCGCCAUGAAGCAAAAGACGAUUCUGGCACAAAUGCGCCAGGCGCAGCGCAAGUCGCAGAACGAGCUCGAGAAAAAGGGCAGCGGCGAGGACCUUACCGAGCACACUCACUAUUGCCAACUGUGCCGUCUCAACUACAAGCAGCCGAAGGAGGUGCACCUGGCCAGCGAGUCCCACAAAAACAUGAAACGCUUCCUGAUGCCGCGCUGCAAGGUCUGCAGCAUCACCUUCAAGAGUCCCAUGAUCUACGAGAGCCAUUGCUGCUCCAUCCAGCACAUUAAGCGCAAGCAGCAGCAGGAACAGCAGCAGGAGCAGCAGCAGCGGCAGGACGCGAGCGAGCAGUCGGGCGACGACGACAACCUGGAGGACUUCACCACCAUCGAUUCCGUCGGCGACGUCGACGAGAACGGCUCGGACGAGGACAAGAAGAAGGAGAAAAAGGAGCCGGUGAACGUCGGCAUCGAGAAGAUCCGGAAAGUAGAGUCGCACUACUGCGACCUUUGUCGCAUAUAUUUGCCGCGCGCGCGCGACGAAGACGUCGCCCAGGUGCUCUCGAAGCAUUGCAAGCUGCGCGUCCACAUGCAGCGCUACGUGCGCUACAAGGAGAACCAGGAGUUGGAGAAGAGGGCGGAGAAGUUGCAACGCAAGGAGACGGCGGAGAAGGAGAAGAAGAAAGAAGGCGGCGAGGGCAAGAAGGACGACGGGAGCGGCGCCAAGGACGACGCGGAUCCCAACAAGUCGGCCGAGGACGAUAAACUGUGGGAGGCGGUCGACAAGGACCUGGGGGAGCUCCUCGGCGAGGCGGACGGCAACAAGAGCGAGGACGACGACGACGACGACUCCCACGUGAACGGAGAGAGAUACGACAGAUUUAAAUUUGAGGAGAAAAAGGCGAAGGCGGAGUCCGAGAAGGCGGAGAAGGACGAGGCGGAAGCGGAGGCCGCAAAACCCGAGGAGGAGCAGUAAAUCGCGUUUUCUGAUUGCUUUUAGUGUUUCUGUUAAGGGCUCGACUUGCCUAUGUCAUUUUGUAGUGAAGUUGCGGACGUUUACGUAAAAUGUAUAAGUAAAUGGUAAAUGUUUAACCA